UUGGUUCAGCUUGGGGACGAGGGCUACGAUGUCGUAGUAAACUGUGCCGGGCUCGAAGGUGGACGUCUUGCAGGAAUACCAGAAGAUACGUAUCCAAUUCGCGGCAUCCUGCUCAAGGUUGACGCCCCAUGGCAGAAACAUUUCCUUUUCAGAAACUUCACCACAUUUACAAUUCCUACGUGA